AUGCCCACCCAAUUUAAUCCAAUGUCGGCCAGCAUCCCUAUUCGCAUCAACACGGCAGAACAACCUCCUUUCUACCGCAAACAACACAAACACUCGAGAUCUUCCUAUUCGGAAUCCUCCCCCUUGGCUGGGUCUCGAAAUAACUCUCUAACAUUUCGCCCACCCAAGCGCUUCAUGUCGAACCCCGACAAGACCAUCGCCGUCAUAAACGCCAGCGGCCGCCAGGCUGCCUCACUGAUCCGUGUCGCAACCGCCGUUGGCUACCAUGUUCGGGCCCAGCUGCGCAACAAGGAAGGCGUUAUUGCAACCGAGGUUGCGACAAAUCCGAACGUUACUUGCGUAGUUGGCGAGCUCUACACCAGACACCAGCCAACCGAAGCCAACAAGGAUGUCACCCAAAAUGGUCCUCUUUCCGGCGUCGGUGUAAACCACGACCUCAUCAACAACCUCUUCCGCGGCGCCCAGCUCGCUUUUAUCAACACAACUUUCUACGGCGACGAAAUUGCUAUCGGAAAGGCUCUUGCUGACGCUGCCAAGAAAGCCGGUGUGCACCAUUACAUUUACUCGUCUAUGCCCGACCACGCCGCAUACAACAAAAACUGGCCUUCUCUUCCUCUCUGGGCCGCCAAGCACAAGGUUGAGGAUUACGUCCGCCAGCUUGACCUCCCCGCUACCUUUGUCUACACCGGCAUCUACAACAACAACUUCACCUCUCUGCUUUAUCCCCUCUUCUGCACCGAGGUUCAAGAUGACGGCUCUUUUGUAUGGCAGGCGCCUUUCCACGAGGAUGCAAAGCUACCGUGGCUUGACGCUGAGCACGACGUCGGCCCCGCGAUUCUGCAGCUCUUCAAGGACGGCGUUUCCAAGUGGCGCAACGAGCGUAUUGCCCUCGCCUACGAGUACCUGACGCCCAAAGAGGCUUGUGAGCUCUUUUCUCGCGGGGUGGGUCGUCCUGUUCGCUACGUUCGCGGCCCUAUCGACAUCAAAGUUCGCAUUCCAGCAGGCUAUAGGGAGCAGCUGGAAGCUUUGGAGAAACUCUUUAGCCCCGACGAAAAAGAUCCCAAGAAGCAGCCCCCUUACUUUGGCUGUGCCAGACUCGAAGCCAACUGCCCCGCCGAGGCUUUGGAGCUGUGGGAAGGCCCCCGUGGCCUCGAGGAGUACGCGCGCGAAAUGUUUCCUCUCGAGGAAGAAGCGAAUGGCUUAACGUGGAUGCUCGAGGACGACGAAACAGAUGGCGGUGACGAAAAGUUGCAGUACGCGACUGUAUCGGUCGAGCAGCUGCGGCUGAAUGACGACAACGAUUCCGAUUCCGACGACGAAGAAGACGGCCUUGUCAUGCGGGGACUGAAGCGAGACGAGGAGCAAUGGCUUGCAUGA